AAAAUUGGCUCGGGCGCGACGGCAAAGGUGUACGCUGCCGUACAUGUGCCGACAGGAUCGCUCGUUGCCGUUAAGACAAUCCUUCUGGAAUCAUUUGACCGGCUAGAAGAUGGCGAGCCCUCUCGGUUGGAGAGACUACGCAAAGAAAUUCAAAUUAUGACCCUCUGUCGUCACCCACACAUACUCCCAGUACAUCAGAGCUUUGUAUCCUGCUCGAUUUUACACAUUGUGAUGCCAAUAAUGUCGGCUGGUAAGGAGAGAAGACGAAUAUAUAUACAUAAAAAAACACAUUCAUUUGAAUUUUACAUAAUUCACCAGGCCGCUCUUGGUCUCGAAUACCUCCACAGUAAUGGACUCGUCCAUCGAGACCUCAAGUCUGCAAACUUAUUGAUAGAUCACACAACAGGAAUUGUCAAAUUAGCUGACUUUGGAGUCAGUGAUAGUCUUGCCAAAAAGGCUUCUCGUAGAUCAUUUGUUGGAACACCUUGCUGGAUGGCCCCAGAGAUUCUUAUGAAUCGAGCUUAUGAUACAAAGGUUGACAUAUGGUCUCUUGGCAUGACAGCUAUUGAACUUGCUUCUGGGCGUCCUUCCGGUUGGCACCUUGAUCCACUCAAGAUAUUCUCGUCUAUUAUAAAUGAGCCCCCUCCAACUCUUGAAAGCAGUGGAUGCAAGUAUCAAACCAGCACAGCAUUUCAAGACUUCAUUCGUCUUUGUUUGAUCAAGGAUCCCUUUGAGCGCAUUUCAAUUCAAGAUGCUCUUUCUCAUCCUUUUUUGAGAAAAGCUCAAGGACCUCAGUUUCUGGCUCGAUAUUUGUCUAGG